UCUGUAUUCAAGCAUUUCGACUUGUUUUCACGGUAGUUCACAUAAAAAAAAAAAAGUUAAAAAAAAUUCACAGAAGUUGAAUGGUCUGCGUAUUUCACUGGGACUGUUAAAAAGAAACUAACGUGUUAGGAGGAAGUGGCCAGAUCUCUGGUUAUAAAGUAUACUGAAGCGGAACCAGUGACAUCUCAGAUGCUUUGUCGGAAAAAAAAACCCUGUGCAUUAUAAAUCGCAUUUGUAGGCUCUAGUGUCGAGGGUUUUAUGAUUUUUUAGGGAUGGAGGAAAGUGACGAUGUUUUGGGUCUGCAGGAUUACAUCAAAAAUGUAGACCAUUCGUCCUUACCGCGCAUAUUGCAGGUCUGUUCUGGAGUUUAUUUCCAAGGCUCAGUGUAUGAGAUCUCAGGGUGUGAAGUGUGUUUGUCUACUGGUGACUUGGUGAAGAUUACAGGCAUUAAGCUCCUGUCUGUCUCUUGUGAGGACAUUAUCAAUAACACCUCAUUUGAGCUGCCCCUCAACCAUUCAGGUCUGUUCACACUGGUUCCUGAGGAGCUACCUUACAAUACAAUAGAGGAGAUAGUAGGCCUGCUACCUGUUGGUGUGGAUGCCUUUGGCUCAUUCACCUUCUUUAGCAAAAAUGAGCUUGUCAUUGAGAACCUCACAGUUCCAGCUGGAACAAAGAUGACUCUUCUAACUAUUGAGCUCAAUCAGAAUGGGGAGAGUUUUGUUCGCUGUCGGCUCCUGGGCCAGCAGGAAGCCUCUGCAGAAGUGCACAUUCCCCUCUCCUGUCACGGAGAGUUCUAUGAAUGCCAGAAUGACCGUGGCUACACCCUUCAAGAGAUCAUGUACUCAACCAGGCUGUGCAGGAGACGAUUUUCUAAGGGAACACCAAAUAAUUGUGGCAGCCCCUUGUUUUUUAACCCAGUCUAUGAAAUCCAAGGCAUCAUGCACAUGAGAAAGAACAUAGUGACGUUUCCCUCCACCCUGGAAGUGGAUGUAAUUGACGUGACUGAACAGUGUAAGAAUAUAACAUUCGUAACUCCACUAUCUCUAGCUGAGGUAGCUGCUCAGUCAGAAGAGGCCUUUCCUACUAUGGCAGAGAUCUUGGAGGGACCUGUGGCUAAUUCGUUCUUUUGCUGCAGCUGGUUCAAAGAGCUACAAAAAGGCAAGCAUCUUGUGCUGCACAAGUGCAAUAAAACUCACAUGGUGUUAGCAUGUGCCCCAAAGGGGAGAAAAACCAAGCAGUACUUCCUGCUUUCUCAGGGCUAUAGCGGCCAGAUACGAAGAAGAGCAAGGGAGUUUAGCUCAGUGUAUGAAGUGUAUAUGGCAAACUGUCUCUCUCCAGGACUGAAAGUAUCUGUGACAAAGCACUUUGAAGGUGUCGAGGAGGAAGGAGUGCCUUCUCUUACUGCUGGGGAACAGCUGGAAGUUUUGAGAUUACAGACAGCAAAUAGUUCAGAAGUGUUAGAGGCUGCACAGAGUGUGGAAAGCUUGAUCUGCAAACGGAUUGAAGAUGAGGAUGAAGAUGAUGACGAUGACGAUGAGAAUGAGAGUGAGAGAACAGAAAGUGAGGUCUGCCUCCCUCUAUUUACUCCAGCCAACUUUGUUGAGAAACUGUCAGACAAGAAAAAGUAUGGUUUAGCCGAACUGGUCAAGAAGUUCUCCUUUCCUCUGGAUGUCAAAGUGGUGAAUCACGAUAAAACCUUGGAAAAAGAUCCACUGGCAGGUUUAGCAGCUCUGAGAUUGGAAGGUAUUCUAGAAGAGACCACUGUGCUCGCCAGCUUGCCUGAUACUCCAGACAAAUGCUUUGAAUUGCCUGUUCGUUGGCUGCAACUAUCUCUAUCAUUCAUCACAGACCCCUUACCCUGGCCUGAUUGCAAGAGUCCAGGGGUUCAACUACAGUCAGUCACUGAGGUAACAGAGGAAUUCUACCAUGAAUAUCAUAAGCUUACCGAAAAACCUAUGGCUCAUCCUCCGCCACGUCCUCCUAAGCGAAGAUCACUGGCCUUACCAUCAUCAAAAGCGUGUGCUGAGCCUAAAGAUGCCACUCUGCCCAUCAAAAGCAGCCACACUGCAAAACUGGACCGUUCGCCUCCAUGCCAAACAAAUCGUAGACCAGCUCCACCACCACCAAAUGAAAAAGAAGAUGUACCCCCUCCUUUGGUUCCUAGAAAGUCUGUCACGGAGAGUUUAGCCAUACCAAACAUGUAUGUGAAGUCCCCAAGACAACAGCAUGAAAAGCCACAUAAUACAGCAAGAAAACCAUCAGACAGCGACCAUGACUAUGAACCUGUGGAAGACUUGCUAACUGCUCUUGAUCAUAUCAUGUUUUACUAGUCCUUUAUAAUCUUGAAAAUGACACUUCAUAGAAGAUAGUCUUGUGGUUUGAAA